AUGGCCCCUACCAUUUGCGUCUGCGUCGGUGGCGACCACUGCGCUGUGGUGUGUGAUGUUCUGAAGAAGCUCGAGGGCAGGAUCUCGGCCAUCGUGUGCGGCACCGAUGUCAGCUGCUUCGCUUCUGUGAAGGCAGACAACGAUGGCAUCUUCAUGAUUGUUUCGGAGAGCUGCGCCCACGCCGUCAUCAAGGAUCUUUGCGACGACUACGACAAGGAGGAGCGCCGUGUGAAGCUCAUCUACAGUCUCACUGCCGGCGUCGACGCGUACAAGCUCUCGGAGCUGAAGCAGGAGCUCUCCGGCAUCCUGUUCUGCAACUCGCAGGGCUGCUGCUCCAACAUUCUUGCAGAGUACGUCGUAUUCAGCAUGUUGUACUUCAAUCGUCUUCCAUGGCGCUUGGUUACCUCGAAGAAUGAGAGGAAGUGGGACCCCUUCAGCAGCAUUGAACUCAGCGGGCAGAAGGUCGUGAUCAUCGGCUACGGCGACAUCGGUGAAGCCUGCGGCGCGAAGGCGGUGGCGCUGGGCAUGCAGGUGACCGGCAUCCGUCGCAGCGGCGACAAGAAGACGGACAAGUUUGGCGUGAUGGUGCGCGGCAAUGACGCGCUGGACGAGUCGAUCCGCGAGGCCGACUUUGUCGUUUCUGUGCUGCCCGGCACGGAGCACACGAGGCACUUCUUCGGCAAGGCGCUCUUUGCAAAGAUGAAGCCGAGCGCCGUCUUCAUCAACAUUGGCCGCGGCAUGUCGGUGUGCGAAGCUGACAUCAUCGAGGCUCUCAAGAGGGGCACUAUUCGCGCUGCUGCUCUCGAUGUGUUUGAGGUGGAGCCGCUUCCGAAGGACUCUCCUCUGUGGGAAUUACCUGACAGCAAGCUGCUGUUGACAGCACACUCCGCAAACUUGACGGGGGAUGUCGUGAAGCGCACCAUGAAAGUUUUCACGGAUAUCUUCGACGAGCUCAGCGCCCAUGGCACUGUUUCUGCCCACACAGUGUGCAUGGAUAAGGGCUACUAG